AUGAGCUUCAGAAACGACUAUGAAGAGCAGGUGCGGGCGUGGGGUUUUGACCGUGUCUUCACCUGGAGCGACUCUCCCAACACCCACUAUCCGCCGCACUCGCAUGCUGCGCUGACGACCCACUUGAUUGUCGAAGGUGAAUUGACUUUGUGGUACCCACGAGAGGAGAAUUCACAGAAGCAGACGUACGGAGUUGGCUCACGUAUAGACGUCGAGGCCGGAAGAGUUCACGAGGUCAUUGUUGGGAAGGCCGGCUGCACAAUGGUGAUUGGUGAAUGA